AUGUUGCAAGCAAAGGUGUCUGCGUGGCUGAUGUUCGUCAUGGCCGUCAUGGCCAUGGCUAGCGAGAUGCUUGUCGUUGCGCAAACCUCGUCCCUGAACGUGACUGCAUUCGUGGAGUCGAUGCCCGAGUGCGCGUUUCCAUGCAUCUUCGACACGCUGUUGGAGGGCAACUGUUCCUUGACAGACGACAGUCGACAAGCGGACUGCCUGUGCACGAACAUACCGCUGCAGUCCAAAUUCAGCACUUGCGUGCAGCUCAAUUGUGAAGCAAUCCUCGAUCAGUCAAGUGCAUUCAAACAUGAGAGCAAUAUGUGCGAAGCAUUCCCAAAAGAGUCGAGAACGGAUGUAGCAAUCAUAAGUGGUAUUAUUACCAUCGCCUUGUCCAUACCUAUCGUGUUUGCUCGAUGUGCCACGAGGCUGAAAGUUACGAAAAGGCUGUGGGCAGAUGACUACAUGUCUCUAGUCACACUUGCAAUGCUUCUCGCUAUGUCGUCCAUGCAAAUUUUCAGUGCCAGGAAGGGAAUAGGAAGGCAUUAUUGGGACCUGAAUUUGGCAGAUAUCGUCAUAAUCCGUCAGUUGUUCUACGCUUCAAAGAUAUUCUACGUGAUCAUCCAAUGCACGGGAAAGGUAGCAAUUUUGUUAUUAUACCAAAGGGUAUUCAAUACUGGCACCGGCGCCCCUUGGUUUAUGCGUACGAUUAAAAUCUUGAUUUUACUUACGUUCCUCGUCGAAGGAGUUUACGUUCUCAUAAUCUCCUUCCAGUGCUGGCCAGUUGCAGCUUUGUGGGACCCGUCGAUACAGGGAGCGAAGUGCUUCAAUGCCACUGCGGCAUUCUCAGCCGGCGGCGUUCUCAACAUUGUAUCCGAUGUAGUCCUGAUGUUUCUUCCCAUUCCUGCGCUCCGCAAACUGCAGGUUAGUCGCAAGAAACGACUAGGGAUUGUCCUGAUGCUAGCAGUUGCUUCGCUUGGCAUCGUAGCCAGCCUAGUUCGUAUCAGGUUCAUCGUCGCCGGUGCAUCAGCAUUCGACAGCACUUACUUCAAUGUGGAUGUCUUCACCUGGAGUUUGAUUGAGUUAUUGUGUGUUGUAGUCUGCGGUUCCAUUCCCGCUCUACGCCCCAUCGACCAAUCGAUACAGCGGCGCAGUGUUCGCGAACGGAAAGAGAUUGUCGUUUUCUUUGGCGCCCCUCCCAAUGAGACCUUCCACUGGCGUAUGGAAAGAAAACCUAGACUCACCCUUGAAACCAAGUAG